UCUGGACAUCCUGGAGCUAUCGGAGGUAGAGAGUCUGAGGAAGUUCCACUACCACACCCUGAAGCUCUACUGUGCCCUCUGCGCAUUGGGCAACACCCGCGUGGCACACGCCCUCUGCUCCCACCUCGACCAAUCGCAGCUGCUUUACACCAUCGACAACCAAUACCUGUCCGGCAUGCUGAGAGAGGGCUUCUAUAAUGUACUUAUGAGCAUCCACCUGGAGACAGCGAAAGAGGCUCGUCUGAUGAUGAACAACGAGUUUAUUAUCCCUGUGACUGAUGAGACGCGCUCCAUCAAGCUGUUCCCUGACGAGUCCAAGAGACACUCUCUACCCGGGGUAGACCUCAGCACCUCGCUGAAACCACGUCUCAACUUCUCCCCUCUCUCCUUCAUCACAACCAAGAAACAGCAGCACCUCUACAGCCCCCAGAUCCCCCUGGGCAUCCUGAAGGAGAAGGCCAUCAGUAUGCUGACUGAGGCGGUGCAGGGAGGAGGCAGUCACAUCAGAGACCCAGUAGGGGGCAGUGUGGAGUACCAGUUUGUCCCCAUCCUCAAGCUGAUUGGGACCCUGCUCAUCAUGGGGGUACUCACCAGCGAGGAGGUGAGGCUGAUCCUGCUUCUCAUCGAUCCCAACGUGUUCGGGGAUCCAGAAGAUGAGGAGGCGAAGGUGGAGGAGGUGGAGGCAGCAGCAGGAGGAGGAGAGAAGGAGGAAGUGAGCAGCAACGAGGUGAAGGCCGUGGAGGCUGGUGAGGAGGAGACCAAGGAGGUCAAAAUGUCUGUGAAGGGACUACUGGAGAAGACACUGCCUGAGUCUGUCAAACGACAGAUGUGUGAGCUCCUUCACUACUUCUGUGACUGUGAGUUGAAGCAGCGCAUCGAGGCCAUUGUGUCCUUCUCAGACAGCUUUGUGUCCAAGCUGCAGUACAACCAGAAGUUCAGGUACAACGAGUUGAUGUUGGCCCUCAACAUGUCUGCUGCCGUCACCGCCAAGAAGACCAAGGAGUUCCGAUCCCCUCCUCAGGAGCAGAUCAACAUCCUGUUGAACUUUGCUGCUGGGGAGGACUGUCCCUGUCCUGAAGAGAUUCAGGAAGACCUCUACAGCUUCCAUGAUGAGCUGAGACUACACUGUGGCAUCCCGGUGGAGGAGGAGGAGGAGGAGGAAGACACGUCUAUAAAGGGUCGUCUGCUGGCCAUGCUCUAUAAGAUCAAGGGACCGCCCAAGAAACUAGAGGAGGAACCUACAGAGCAGGAACAGGCUGCUCCCACCAACCUGAAGGAGUUGAUCAGCCAGACCAUGGCUAGCUGGGCUCAGGAGUGUAGCAUCCAGGACCCAGAGCUGGUUCGUGUGAUGUUCAGCCUGCUGAGACGUCAGUACGACGGCAUCGGAGCGCUGCUCAGAGCCAUGAGGAAGAGUUACACCAUCUCUGCUGUGUCAGUACAGGACUGUGUCAACCUCCUGGCCUCUCUGGGCCAGAUCAGAUCACUGCUGUCUGUACGCAUGGGAAAAGAAGAGGAGAAACUCAUGAUCGACGGACUGGGUGACAUCAUGAACAACAAGGUGUUCUACCAGCACCCCAACCUGAUGAGGGUUCUGGGGAUGCAUGAGACUGUCAUGGAGGUGAUGGUUAACGUGCUGGGAGGAGACAAGUCACAGGAGAUAGCGUUUCCAAAGAUGGUUGCCAGUUGCUGUCGGUUCCUGUGUUACUUCUGUCGUAUCAGCCGACAGAACCAGAAGGCCAUGUUCGACCAUCUGAGUUAUCUACUGGAGAACAGCUCCGUCGGACUAGCCUCCCCAGCCAUGAGGGGUUCCACUCCCCUGGACGUAGCAGCGUCUUCAGUGAUGGACAACAACAGCCUGGCUCUCGCUCUGGAGGAGCCUGACCUUGAGAAGGUGGUGACCUACUUGGCAGGUUGUGGGCUGCAGAGCUGUGCCAUGCUGCUGGCUAAAGGAUACCCGGACAUUGGCUGGAACCCCAUAGAAGGAGAGAGAUAUCUGUCUUUCCUCCGCUUCGCUGUCUUCAGCAACGGUGAGAGUGUGGAGGAGAACUCUAACACGGUGGUGAAGCUGCUGAUCAGGCGUCCCGAGUGUUUUGGUCCCGCUCUGAGGGGAGAGGGUGGCAACGGCCUGCUGGCGGCCAUGUUGGAAGCCAUUAAGAUAUCAGAGGACCCUGCUCUGGACCUGCCCUCUACAGCUGAAGGAGAACCUACUGGGUCUGGUGAGGAGGAAGAGGAAGAAGUGGUCCAUACCGGGAACGCCAUCAUGUCCUUCUACUCUGCACUCAUUGACCUGCUGGGACGCUGCGCUCCUGAAAUGCAUCUGAUCAACAAGGGUAAAGGCGAGGCCUUGCGUAUCCGUGCCAUCCUGCGCUCCCUGGUUCCUACUACAGACCUGGUUGGCAUCAUCAGUAUUCCACUCAAGAUGCCCAUCGUCAAUAAAGACGGUAGUGUGACAGAGCCAGACAUGUCGGCUAGUUUCUGUCCGGACCACAAGGCCCCAAUGGUGUUGUUCCUGGAUCGUGUGUACGGCGUGGAGGACCAGAGCUUCCUGCUACACCUGUUGGAGGUGGGCUUCCUGCCUGACCUCCGUGCCUCCGCUUCCCUGGACACGGAUGUGCUAAGCACCACAGAGACAGCUCUGGCCAUGAACAGGUACAUCGGUUCAGCCCUGCUUCCCCUGCUGACCAGGUGUGCUGGCCACUUCUCUGGCACGGAGCACUACGCGGCGCUCAUCGACUCUACCCUCCACACUAUCUAUCGGCUGUCCAAGGGCCGCUCCCUCACCAAGGCCCAGAGAGACUCUAUCGAGGAGUGUCUGCUUGCCAUCUGCAAACACCUGCGCCCUUCCAUGAUGCAACAGCUGCUGAGACGUCUGGUGUUCGAUGUUCCCCUGCUGACGGAGUACUGCAAGAUGCCACUCAGGCUGCUGACUGAACACUAUGAGCAGAGCUGGAAGUACUACUGUCUUCCCUCGGGGCUAGGGAGCUCCGGCAUGGCCUCGGAGGAAGAACUGUUGCUCACCAAGAAACUCUUCUGGGGAAUAUUCGACUCCCUCUCAGCGAAGAAGUUUGACUCUGACCUGUUCAAGACUGGCAUGGCCUGUCUGAGUGCUACCGCUGGGGCGUUGCCACCUGACUAUGUGGAUGCCAGCCCUGGUGCCACCCUGGAGAAGCAGGCGUCUGUGGAUGCACACGGCAACUUCGACCCCAAACCCAUCAACACUGCCAAUAUCUCCCUUCCAGAGAAACUGGACUACAUCGCCAACAAGUUUGCAGAGCAUUCCCACGUCAAGUGGUCCUCAGAGAAGGUGACAGCGGGUUGGAAAAUGGGAGAGAGUGUGGAUGACAAGGCUAAAACUCACCCACUGCUGAAGCCGUAUAAAUCACUCAGUGAGAAGGAGAGGGAAACAUACCGCUGGCCAGUGAAGGAGUCUUUAAAGAGCAUGCUGGCAAUGGGUUGGAACAUGGAGAGGACCAAAGAGGGAGAGGCCAUGUUCAUCGAGAAACAAAGCAAGAUCUCCGAGUCCACUCAGGACAACGAUAACGAAUUCAUCCUGGAACCACCCUUGGACCUGAACAAUAUUACUCUAUCCAGAGAGUUGCAGGGGAUGGUGGAGGUUGUAGCAGAGAACUACCACAACAUCUGGGCCAAGAAGAAGAAGACUGAGCUGAACAGUAAAGGAGGAGGGAGCCACCCGUUGCUGGUGCCCUAUGACACCCUGACAGCCAAGGAGAAGUACAGAGACAGGGAGAAGGCCCAGGAUCUCUUUAAGUUCCUGCAGAUCAAUGGAUAUAUCAUCACCAGAGACCUGAAAGACAUGGAGCAGGACUCGUCGUCCAUGGAGAAGAGGUUUGCCUACACGUUCCUCAAGAGGAUUCUGAAGUAUGUGGACUCAGCUCAGGAGUUCAUUGCUCACCUGGAGGCCAUGGCCACCAGUGGAAAGACAGACAAAUCACCCCACGAUCAGGAAAUAAAAUUCUUUGCUAAGGUUCUGCUACCUCUCAUAGACAUGUACUUCAAGAACCACAGCAUGUACUUCCUGUCCUCGCCCAGUAGGAACCUGAGCAGCAGUGGCUACGCCUCUAACAAAGAGAAGGAGAUGAUCACUAGCCUGUUCUGUAAGAUGGCAGCUCUUGUCAGACACAGGAUUUCCCUCUUUGGGAGCGACUCGGCUGUUAUGGUGAGCUGUCUACACAUCCUGGCUCAUUCCCUGGACACAAGGACAGUGAUGAAGUCAGGCUCAGAGAUGGUGAAGGCUGGGGUCAGGACGUUAUUUGAGAACGCAGCGGAGGACCUAGAGAAGACCCUGGAGAUGCUGAAGCUGGGGAAGUUCAGCCAGUCCCGGAGCCAGAUGAAGGGCUUGACCCAGAACAUCACCUACGCCACCACCGCUCUGCUGCCCAUCCUCACAGCCCUGUUCGAACACGUCACCAUGCAUAACUUUGGAGUCUACCUGCUGGUGGAUGAUGUCCAGCUGUCGUGCUAUCGCAUCGUGACCUGUCUCUACUCAUUGGGCACGGGGAAACACAUCUUCAUAGAGAGGCACCUACCAGCCCUAGGGGAGUGUCUGGCCACCCUGGUAGGAGCAAUGCCUGUAGCUUUCCUGGAGCCUGAUCUCAAUGCUCACAACCCCCUGUCUGUCUUCAACACCAAGACACCGCGAGAGAGGGCCAUCUUGAGUAUGCCUGACUCUGUGGAGGAGAUGUGUCCAGAGAUGCCUCGUCUGGAUCGCCUGCUGAAGGACAUCAACGACAUCUCAGAGUCUGGAGCUCGCUACACAGAGAUGCCACAGGUGAUUGAGGUGAUCCUGCCCAUGUUGUGUAACUACCUGUCCUACUGGUGGGAGAGAGGAACAGAGAACUCUGCUCCACACACCGCCUGCUGCACCACCGUGUGCUCCAACCACCUCAGCAUCAUCCUGGGGAACAUCCUGAAGAUCCUCAACAACAACCUGGGCAUCGAUGACGCUCCCUGGAUGAAGAGGAUUGCAGUCUACUCUCAGCCAAUCAUCUGCAAGGCUGCUGCGGACCUACUGAGGAGUCACUUCCUGCCCACUCUAGAGAAACUCAGGAAGAAGACAGUGAAGGUGGUGGCAGAGGAGGAACUGCUGAAGGCUGACAUUAAAGGAGACACUCAGGAGGCUGAGCUUCUCGUCCUGGAUGAGUUUGCUGUCCUCUGUAGAGACCUGUACGCCUUCUACCCAAUGCUCAUCCGCUAUGUGGACAACAACAGAUCCAGAUGGUUGAAGAGGCCUGAUGCUCAGUCCAACGAGCUCUUCACCAUGGUGGCUGAGAUCUUCAUCCUCUGGUGCAAAUCACACAACUUCAAAAGGGAAGAGCAGAACUUUGUGGUUCAGAAUGAAAUCAACAACCUGUCUUUCCUGACUGGAGAAAGUAGAACCAAGAUGUCCAAGUCAGGUGGUGACCAGGAUAGGAAGCACAAGAAGCGGCGUGGAGAGUUGUACUCUGUCCAGACCUCUCUGAUCGUAGCCGCACUGAAGAAGAUGCUGCCCAUCGGACUCAACAUGUGCACCCCAGGAGACCAGGAGCUCAUCUCAUUGGCCAAGAUAAGAUACAGUCUGAAAGACACCGACGAUGAGGUGAAGGAUCACUUGCGUGAGAACCUUCAUCUUCAGGACAAGUCUGAUGACCUGGCAGUGCAGUGGCAGAUGAACCUGUAUAAGGAUGUGGUGGUGGAAAGUGAGGAACGUACAGACCCAGAACAAACUGUGGACAGAGUACAGAGCAUCUCUGCUGCAGUCUUCCACCUGGAGCAGGUGGAGCAGCCUCUGAGGUUGAAGAAGUGUGUGUUUCAGAAGCUACUGUCCAAACAGCGGAAACGCGCCGUGGUGGCCUGCUUCCGUAUGGCUCCUCUCUACAACCUCCCCAGGCAUCGUUCUAUUAACCUCUUCGUGUUGGGCUAUGUGAGACUAUGGAUAGAGACAGAGGAGUACUCCUUUGAGGAGAAGCUAGUGCAGGACCUGGCAAAAACCCCAAUGAAGAUCGUGGAGGAGGAGGAAGAGGAGGAGGUUGAGAUUAAGCCAGACCCUCUUCAUCAGCUUAUCCUUCACUUCAGCCACAACGCCCUGACAGAGAGAAGUUUCUUGGAAGAAGAUCCGCUGUAUAUUGCAUAUGCAGACAUGAUGGCAAAGAGUUGUGCAGAGGAUGAAGAGGAGGAAGAGGAGGAAGAGGGGAAAGAGAAGACAUUUGAGGAAAAGGAAAUGGAGAAGCAGAAGAUCUUGUACCAGCAGGCCAGACUACACGCCCGCGGGGCUGCUGAGAUGGUGCUACAGAUGAUCAGCGCCAGUAAAGGUCGACUAGGUCCUAUGGUGACCUGUACCCUCAAACUGGGCAUCUCCAUCCUCAACGGAGGCAACGUGCUGGUCCAGCAGAAAAUGCUGGAUUACCUGAAAGAGAAAAGAGACGCAGGCUUUUUCAAGAGUCUGUCAGGCCUCAUGCAGUCCUGCAGUGUCCUGGACUUGAAUGCCUUUGAGAGACAGAACAAAGCGGAAGGUCUGGGGAUGGUGACAGAUGAAGGCUCCAGUUCCAAAGUUCUGACGAAUGAUGACUUCACCAAAGAUCUCUUCCGGUUUUUGCAACUGCUCUGUGAGGGGCACAAUGGGGAUUUCCAAAACUUCCUGAGAACACAAACAGGAAACACGUUGACAGUCAACAUUAUCAUCAGCACAGUGGACUACCUGCUACGCCUUCAGGAAUCUAUCAGUGACUUCUACUGGUAUUAUUCUGGGAAAGACAUUAUCGACGAGGCAGGGCAGGUCAACUUCUCCAAAGCCUUAGCUGUCGCGAAGCAGAUCUUCAACUCGCUCACUGAGUACAUCCAGGGGCCAUGUAUUGGGAACCAGCAGAGUCUGGCCCACAGCAGACUGUGGGAUGCAGUGGUGGGAUUCCUGCAUGUGUUUGCCAACAUGCAGAUGAAGCUGUCCCAGGACUCGUGUCAGAUUGAGCUGCUCAAGGAGUUGAUGGAUCUUCAGCAGGACAUGGUGGUGAUGAUGCUGUCACUGCUCGAGGGCAACGUGGUGAAUGGAACGAUUGGAAAGCAGAUGGUGGACACUCUGGUGGAGUCCUCCAGCAACGUCGAGAUGAUCCUCAAGUUCUUCGACAUGUUCCUCAAGAUCAAGGACCUGACCACCUCUGACAACUUCAGGGAGUACGACCCCGAGAACAAGGGGAUCAUCUCCAAAAAAGAUUUCCAGAAGUCCAUGGAGAACCAGAAGCAGUACACCCAGUCGGAGAUUGAGUUCCUCCUCUCCUGCACCGAGGCCGACGAAAACGACAUGUUCAACUACGAGGAGUUUGUGGAGCGGUUCCACGAGCCGGCCAAAGACAUCGGCUUCAACGUAGCCGUGCUGCUCACCAACCUCUCUGAGCACAUGCCUCAUGACCCCCGUCUGGCCACCUUCCUGGAACCAGCUGAGAGCGUGCUGAACUACUUCGAGCCGUACCUGGGCCGCAUCGAGAUCAUGGGCGGAGGGAAGCGCAUCGAGAGGGUCUACUUUGAGAUCAGCGAGUCCAGUCGUACACAAUGGGAGAAGCCACAGGUCAAAGAGUCCAAGAGACAGUUCAUCUUUGAUGUGGUCAACGAGGGGGGAGAAAGCGAGAAGAUGGAGAUGUUUGUGAACUUCUGCGAAGAUACAAUCUUUGAGAUGCAGCUGGCGUCUCAGAUCUCGGAGCCCGACGUGGUGGAGCGCCAGGAAGAGGAAGAGGAGGAGGUGCACAACUUGUUAGAAGAGCUUGCAGAGGAAGAGGAGAAUAGCGAGCUGGAGGCUUCCUCGGCUUUCACCAUGGCCUGCAUCUCCGCCAAGAAGAAGAUCUCCAACUUCAGACAGAUGCUGACCUUCAAGAUCCUCAAGAAGCAGUUCAAGAAGACCAAGAAGCUGAGCUUGAAGGAGAUGACCGUUGGGUUCUUCUCCUUCUUCUGGACGCUCUUCACAGGGUUCUUCAAGGGGAUCUACAGCCUCAUCUUCGGAUUCUUCCACCUCAUCUGGUCGUCCAUGUUCGGAGGCGGGCUCGUCGAAGGAGCCAAGAACAUGAAGGUGACAGACAUCUUGGGUAACAUGCCCGACCCCACCCAGUUUGGUAUCCACGGCGAUGUGUUGGAGAUGGAGAAGGCCGAGGUUGGUGAUUCUGUGUCGGGCGGGACAGACCAGGCCAUCAAACCGUCAGACAAGGCAGAGCAGGACAUUUUAAUGCAGAUGAUUAAUCCCACACCAAAGAAAGGGGAAGGGUUAAAACACGUUGAUCCUGGACUGGGAGACGUCUCUGAGACUCCUGAGCCCACCGCCACUGUGGAGAAGAAGAAGGCUGUUAAAGAAACUAAAGAGUCGGAACCAGAGAAAGCAGACACAGAGAAGAAGGAGAAGGAAGACAAGGCCAAGGAGGAGGAGCCUAAAGAGGAAGUGGCUCAGGAGAAGCCCGCCCCCAAGUCCAGAAACGGCCAAUCAAAGGAUGCUCCUACUUCCUUCUUUGCCAGCUUCUUUGCUGGGCUGGAGAUCUACCAGGCCAAGAUGCUGAACACGUUGGCUCGGAACUUCUACAACAUGCGUUUCCUGGCUCUGUUUGUGGCGUUUGCCAUCAACUUCAUUCUACUGUUCUACAGGGUGACUGCUGAUGAGGAUGACUCCUGGACUAGUUCUGAUGAUGAUGAUGAUGAAGGUGGUGAGGAGUACUUUGUCCUGGAGGAGAGUACAGGCUACAUGGCUCCUACACUGUGUUUCCUUGCUGUGUUCCACACUGCCCUCUCUGUCCUCUGUUUGAUUGGCUACUACUUUCUCAAGGUGCCUCUGGUGGUGUUUAAGCGAGAGAAAGGGAUCGCCAGGCUCUUGGAGUUUGAAGGUCUCUACAUCACGGAGCAGCCGGCAGACGAUGACAUCACAGGACAGUGGGACCGCCUCGUCAUCAACACACCGUCCUUCCCCAAUAAUUACUGGGACAAGUUUAUCAAACGAAAGGUCAUUAAUAAGUAUGGAGACCUGUACGGAGCUGAGCGGAUAGCUGAGCUGUUGGGUCUGGAUAAGAGCGCCCUGGACUUCGACCCUACUCAGGAGACCGUGGUGGAGGCGGCUUCUCUUGUAUCCUGGUUGAGCUCUAUCGACACCAAGUACCACAUCUGGAAAAUGGGAGUGGUGCUGACUGACAACUCGUUCCUGUACCUGAUCUGGUACGCCACCAUGUCCAUCCUGGGGCACUAUAACAACUUCUUCUUCGCUGCCCAUCUGCUGGACAUCGCCAUGGGCUUCAAGACCCUCCGGACCAUCCUGUCCUCCGUCACUCACAACGGAAAACAGUUGGUGCUGACCGUAGGUCUGUUGGCGGUGGUGGUGUAUCUGUACACUGUGGUGGCCUUCAACUUCUUCAGGAAGUUCUACAACAAGAGCGAGGACGAGGACGCACCUGAUAUGAAGUGUGACGACAUGAUGACUUGCUAUCUGUUCCACCUGUACGCGGGGGUGAGGGCCGGCGGUGGUAUCGGUGAUGAGCUCGAGGACCCGGCCGGAGACCCCUACGAGCUGUGGCGUAUCCUCUUCGACAUCACCUUCUUCUUCUUCGUCAUCGUCAUCCUCCUGGCCAUCAUCCAGGGUUUGAUUAUUGAUGCGUUUGGGGAACUGAGAGACCAGCAGGAGCAGGUGAAGGAGGAUAUGGAGACGAAAUGCUUCAUCUGUGGAAUUGGAAAUGACUACUUUGACACGACACCCCACGGCUUUGAGACCCACACCUUACAAGAGCACAACCUGGCCAACUACCUCUUCUUCCUGAUGUACCUCAUCAACAAGGACGAGACUGAACACACGGGUCAGGAGUCGUAUGUGUGGAAGAUGUACCAGGAGAGAUGCUGGGACUUCUUCCCUGCUGGGGACUGUUUCAGGAAGCAGUAUGAGGACCUGCUUGGGUAGAGAGGACACCUAACACUACAUUACCCAGCUCCCCUACAACCCCACCUGGGUAGACAGGACACCUAACACUACAUUACCCAGCUCCCCUUCAACCCUACCUGGGUAGACAGGACACCUAACACUACAUUACCCAGCUCCCCUACAACCCUACCUGGGUAGACAGGACACCUAACACUACAUUACCCAGCUACCAUAAAACAACACUAUCUGUAUUUGAGAGACCCGUCUACCUACUCACAACCCUACACCUUAUCUGAGACAGACUUCUUACUCACGUCAAUGAACUUUAAUGGAUAGACAACACUAUCUGUGUAGAGAGGACACCAGGACACGACCCAGCUACCCUACAACACCAUCUGGGUAGAGAGGACACCAGGACACGACCCAGCUACCCUACAACACCAUCUGGGUAGAGAGGACACCAGGACACGACCCAGCUACCCUACAACACCAUCUGGGUAGAGAGGACACCAGGACACGACCCAGCUACCCUACAACACCAUCUGUGUAGAGAGGACACCAGGACACUACCCUACAACACCAUCUGGGUAGAGAGGACA